AUGAGCGCCCCUACAGUCAUGAGCUCCACCACCGGAGUCACCCAGUCGAGGCUGCCACCAGUCCGGAGCUGCCACUUCAGUCCGGAGCGCCACUCCGAGCUCCGGAGCUGCCACGUUCAGUGCCGGAGCUGCACUCUCCGGAGCUGCCACUCAGUGAGCUGCCCCAUAUCAAUCGCUCCUUCCGAGCUGCUGCCCCUUAAUCGCCUGCCCUUCCACAGCUGCUGCCCCUUAUCCCGAGCUGCUGCCCCUAUCCGAGCUGCCCCCUUAUCCCGGGAGGCUGCGCCCUUAUCCCGUGGCCCUUCCCGGUGCUGGCCCUUAUCCCGAUGCUGCCCCUCAUUUAGGACUUCAUCCUGGCCGGCUUCGGAGCAACAGCUCCACCAUCUCAGCUCCCUCCGCUACGGCUCCGGACCCCCAGCCUCUCCGGCCCUCAACCUCACCCUCUCUGAGAGCGCAGAGUCCAAGGUGGAGCGCCUGGGCCAAGCCUUCAAGAAGAAUGUGCGCACGCUCCGGGAGAAGAGUGGACGUCUGGACCUGGUGUUCCUGGUGGACGAGUCUUCCAGCGUGGGGGCCAACAACUUCCUGAGCGAGCUGCGCUURGUACGGAAGCUCCUCUCGGACUUCCCCGUGGCCCCGGAGGACACGAGGGUCGCACUGGUUACGUUCUCAUCCAAGACCCACGUGGUGACCCGGGUGGAUCACGUCAAGGCGCCGAAAUCCCACCAGCACAAGUGUUCUCUGUUGAACCAGGAGAUCCCUGCUAUCACCUACAGAGGAGGAGGGACCUAUACCAAAGGAGCCUUCCAACGGGCUGCGCAAAUCCUGCGUCACUCGCGGGCCAAUGCCACCAAGGUGAUCUUCCUGAUAACGGACGGCUACUCCAACGGGGGCGACCCUCGCCCGGUGGCAGCUGCUCUGAGGGAGCAGGGGGUGGAGAUCUACACCCUGGGGAUCUGGCAGGGGAACAUCAGGGAGUUACAUGACAUGGCCUCACACCCUAAGGACCAGCACUGCUACCUAGUACACAACUUUGCAGAGUUCGAGGCCCUGGCUCGCCGUGCACUGCACGAAGACCUGCCGACAGGAAGCUACAUCCAGGAAGACCUAUCCCGCUGCUCGUCCCUGUGCGAGGCCGGAGCGGACUGCUGUGACAUCAUGGCCAGCUGCAAGUGUGGCACCCACACGGGCCAGUACGACUGUAUCUGUGAGAAGGGCCACUACGGCAAGGGGCUGCAGUACGAAUGCACAGCGUGCCCACCUGGAACCUACAAACCGGAGGGCACUCCAGGAGGCCUGAGUACCUGCCUGCUGUGUCCUGACCAGCACCACACCUCCCAACCCGGCAGCACAGCACCCAGCGACUGUGUCUGCAAGCAGGGUUACAGGUCCCGAGGGAAGACCUGCGAAGAGGUGUACUGCCCGGAGCUGUCUCCUCCAGGGAAUGGUUUCUUCAUCCACAAUGUGUGUAAUAACCAGUUCAAUGCGGCCUGCGGGGUGCGAUGCCAGCCUGGCUACGAUCGACAGGGUAGUGGCAUCCGACUGUGCCAGCCAAACGGGACAUGGUCAGGCUCUCCGCCCAGCUGCAGAGUGCGCUCCUGUCCCACCCUCUCCCCGCCCCAGCAUGGACACAUGAACUGCAGCACGGGUGUCGCCUCCUACAGGGCAGCGUGUGAGGUGCGCUGUGCCAAGGGCUACAAGCUGGAGGGAGAUGCCAGGCUCAGUUGUCAGGCCGACUCGCAGUGGAGCGGGAUCCAACCACGGUGUGUGGAGGUGCGUUGUCCCCCCAUGGUGACUUUGAGGAACGUCCUGCUGUCGCCCCCUGCCUGUGGACAGAGGAAAGUGAAGCCUGGCACCUUGUGCCGCCUUGCCUGUCGCCACGGUUACCGUCUCCAGGGAGACCUGGAAGCACGCUGUCUCUCCUCCGGGGACUGGAGCGCUAACGUCCAUAAAGCCACCUGCACAGACUCAGAGCCCCCUUGGGUCCAGUGCCCCAGAGACGUGGUGGCAAAGACGGACGAGAGGCGUGGCACUGCCAACAUCAGCUGGAACGUGCCUGCUGCUACUGACAACUCUGGGCAGGAGGUCCUGGUCCAGGUGAAACCUGUGUACACCCCUCCCCAGCUGUUCCCUAUAGGAGAGGAGAGGAUCACCUAUGCAGCUACAGACCGUGCUGGGAACCAGGCUAACUGUACCUUCACUGUCACUGUCAUAGAUACGGAGCCCCCUGUGAUUGACAGGUGCAGGUCGCCACCCACUUUCCAGGCCACAGACAUGCAGACGGCCGUCGUUUGGGAGGUGCCGCAGUUUUCCGACAACUCAGGUGGGCGUCUGAGUGUGUCCACCACCCACACACCCGGCUCUCUCUUCUCUGUGGGAGAGACGGUGGUGAGCUACACAGCUGCCGACCAGGCAGGCAACAAUCGCACCUGUGACCUCACCAUCACUGUACAAGGGUCUACUUGUGAGCAACCAUUUGCACCAGUGAACGGGGGGUUCGCCUGUUCUGAUGAAGAGGACGGGGUCAACUGUACUCUGUACUGUAACGCUGGAUACAGCUUCGCACAGCAGACUGUCCACAGCUACUUCUGUGCCAACAAUGGAGUGUGGGAGCCGCCACACUCGCCCGACAGACCCGACUGCUCCUGCGCCAGGAGGUGGAGCAGUAACUUGGACCGCAGAGAGGUAAGGACUAUGCCGCUACUUGACUCGGGCUUUGCUACGGAGAGCCGCGAACCCCUAUGCAGCCAGGAGGUAGUGCCCAGGACGGGAACUACUCCCACUACUCGCAGCAAAAAGGACCCAGCAUCCCGAGCCCUCCGUCAGGAAGACUCCAGUGGGGUCGCAAGUCAGAAGCGCCUGCUGCGGAUCCUGGAGCAGCUGACCAAUCGCCUGAAGCGGACGCUGGCCAAGAAGCAGCUGUCAUCCUAUCACGUGUCGUCUGAGAUGAUCGUGGUGGCUGACCCCAAGUCCCUGGAGAGCAAGAGGGCCUCUCUGUUCUGCCGACCUGGGUCUGUACUGAAGGGGAGGAUGUGUGUCCAGUGUCCAGUGGGGACCUACUACUCCCUGGAGUACGCAGAGUGUGAGAGUUGCUGGCUGGGUUCCUACCAGGACCAGGAGGGUCAGAUGGAGUGUAAGACCUGUCCCGAUGGAUCCUCCACAGCCUACCUCCACGCACGCAACCAGGACGAGUGCAAAGUUCCAUGUUUGGCAGGUCAUUUCUCUCGCACAGGACUGGUCCCCUGCUACCCCUGUCCCAGAGACUACUACCAGCCAGACCACGGCCGCUCCUAUUGCCUCUCCUGCCCAUUCUACGGCACCACAACAGUCACCGGGGCCACCGCCAUACAGCACUGCUCCAUUGGCUCUAGUUUCCUGCCCAAGGAGGAGAGUGUGACAUCAGCCCCAGAGGUGGUGGUUUCACAGGGCUAUCAGGCUAGUAGCCAGGUCUUCCAUGAGUGUUUCUUGAACCCGUGUCAGAACAGGGGGACGUGUGAGGAGGUGGGGGCGGGUUACAUCUGCACCUGUCUACCUGGUUUCACAGGGGCGAAGUGUGAGAGUGACAUAGAUGAGUGUGACUCGGCACCGUGUCAGAAUGGGGGUCUGUGUAAGGACGGGAUGGGAGACUUUGUCUGCCAGUGCAGACCAGGCUUCGUAGGCUCUCUGUGUGAGGCGGAGGUGAACGAGUGUAGCUCCUCCCCCUGUUUGAACGAAGGAGUGUGUGUGGACGAGGUCAACCAGUACACCUGCAGCUGUGCUGAUGGCUUCACAGGGUCUCAUUGUGAGCUGGAGAUAGACGAGUGUCUGUCCAGCCCGUGUCUGAACGGGGGUGUGUGUGAUGACCUGGAGGGGGGGUACUCCUGCACCUGCCUCCCYGGCUACUCUGGGGACCGCUGUGAGGUCAACGUGGACGAGUGUAACAGCGCCCCCUGUCAGAACGGAGGGACAUGUCGGGAUGCCGUCAACAACUUCAGGUGCCAGUGUGUGGAGGGCUACCGGGGCAGGCUGUGUCAGGUAGAUGUGGAUGAGUGUCAAGCUAACCCCUGUAUCAACGGGGCCACGUGUGUGGACGGAGUGGACUCCUACACCUGCCGCUGCCCUCCUGGGUUCAACGGAACCAGGUGUGAGACAGAGAUGUCAACAUCCUUCAACCUGGACUUCGAGGUGUCAGGUAUCCAUGGUUACGUGAUGAUGGACGGCAUGAUGCCGGCACUGACGGAGAUCACGUGUACUUUCUGGAUGAGGUCUUCGGACACCACCAACUACGGCACGCCCAUAUCCUACGCCGUGGAGGGAAGUGACAACGCAUUCCUGCUCAUAGACUACAAUGGGUGGGUCUUGUACGUCAACGGUAAGGAGCGUAUCACAGACUGCCCGGCGGUCAACACGGGUCAGUGGCACCACAUCGGCGUGUCAUGGCGGAGCUGGGACGGGGACUGGAGGGUCUACAUCAAUGGCAACCCCUCGGACGGAGGGAAAGGCCUGUCAGUGGGCACCACCAUCCCAGGUGGAGGGGCGUUGGUGCUGGGCCAGGACCAGGACCAGAGGGGCGAGGGCUUCAACCCCGUGGAGUCCUUCGUAGGGUCCCUCAGCCAGCUCCACAUCUGGGACCGGGUUCUCGACCCACAGCAAAUCAAAAUACUAGCCAACACCUGCCCGGGGAACAACAUCAGAGGCAAUGUCCUGGCGUGGCCUGACUUCCUCAAUGGAGUGGUGGGGAGAGUCAAGACUAACCGCGACUGCAUAUUCUGUGCUGACUGCCCCCUGCUAGAAAAUGCUGUGCCUCACCUGCGUGCGUCCAGUCCAGCUGUCAGCCCCGGCUCUCAGACGCAGCUGUUCUGUGAUCCCGGCUUCUACCUGGUGGGGGAGCCGCUGCUUCAGUGUCAGAACAAGGGAGAGUGGAGUCACGCCCUGCCCCGCUGUGAACGAGUGACGUGUGGUCUCCCUCGGCCCCUGGAGCAUGGUCUAUUCCAGGGUUCCGACUACCACGCAGGCAGCACUGUGGUGUACCAGUGUAACCCUGGCUUUUACCUGCUGGGGGACGCCAAGGUUCUCUGUACCAACAGUGGGAAGUGGGGAGGAAACCCACCAGCCUGCCUGGAUGUGGAUGAGUGUGCUUUGGGCUCAGACUGCGAUGAACACGCCAGCUGUCAGAACACAGAUGGCUCUUAUACCUGCACCUGUAUCCACCCCUACACCGGAGACGGGAAGAACUGCACAGAGCCAGUAAAGUGUGAGAACCCGGGGGCACCAGAGUUCGGUUACCGGGAAGGCAGUAACUUCUUGAUGGGAAGUGAGGUUGUGUUCAGCUGCAAGGAGGGUUACGAACUGAUUGGCUCAUCGCAUGUCCAAUGCCUGGAGACAGGAAGCUGGAAUGGUGUUUUCCCAUAUUGUAGAGCCCUCUCCUGUGGACGGCCCUCUGUCCCAGAGAACGCUGUGAUGAUGGGGACCAACUUCACGUUUGGAAGCAAGGUGACUUUCAGCUGUGUUACGGGGUUCGUCCCAGGUGACACCUAUGAUAUGCGGUGUCAGGCCAGUCGGAAGUGGAGCAGAGCGCCCCCUGCCUGUCAACGAGUCACCUGUGGGGACCCUCCACACGUAGACAAUUCAGAUGUCACCCUCAACGGGAAAACGUACCUGUCCACAGUGCUCUACACCUGUGCAGAGGGAUACAGACUGCAGGGCUCUGAGGAGGUGGUGUGUGAGGCGUCAGGAGAGUGGAGCAGCCCCGCCCCUUUGUGUGCCAGCAUCCACUGUGGAGACCCUCCUGCCCUCCGAGACGCCGCGACCAUCGGGGACGACCACGCCCUGGGCAACAAGGUGCACUACGUCUGCAAAGAAGGAUACACUCUGAUUGGACCAGAGACCAGAGAGUGCCUGUCAACUGGCCAAUGGACUCCUACCUCCGCUCAGUGUGUCCCCCGAUCCUGUGGCCCUCCCCCUUCCAUAGACCACGCCAUUGCCCAUGCCGGCCACCAGCUCUUUGGCGACAUGGCCAACUACUUCUGCACAGACGGCUACACCGCUGGCAACAAUUCUAAGGUGGUCUGCAACUCCCAGGGAGUGUGGGCACCCCCCGAAGGCCAGGAGGCCCCUCACUGCAUCGCCAAUUUCUGCCAGCGCCCGACUGACCUGCCCCACGCCAUCUUGGACUCCACCAAUAAACCCAAGUAUGCCAGCAACACAGAGGUCAGCUACAAAUGUGAAGAGGGUUUCGUUCUCAACACAACCGCCACGCUGAAAUGCAUGAUUGGAGGGGAAUGGAUGCCCUCGCCGUACGAUGUGGGUUGCGUGCCGGUGCGGUGCUCCAAACCGUCUGGCAUCGAGAGGGGGUAUGUGAGUGGAACCAACUAUAGUUUUGGAGCAAUGGUGGCGUACAGUUGUGAUAAGGGUUUCCUGAUCCGAGGGGAGAAGAGGAGGACAUGUAAGGCCAAUGGAGAGUGGGGAGGGGUCCUACCUGUCUGUCAGCCUGUCUCUUGCCCCUUCCCGCCGCCACUCAAAAAUGGAUUCAUCCAGAACAAAGGCCGUUUCUUCUUCAACAGCAAGGUGACAUACGCAUGCAACGCCGGCUACCGGCUGACGGGCCGUCCGGUGCGACUAUGCCAGGCCAACCGCCAGUGGUCUAACGGCGACUCGCCCGUCUGCCACCUCCUGACCUGCGACCCCCCGCCCAGCAUCCUGCACGGCCAAUACCAAGGCUCUGUCUUUGAGGUGGGCCGCAAGGUCAAAUACGUCUGCGACGAGGGCUACGAGAUGGCUGGCGACGCCGUGUGGACGUGUCUGAAGUACGGCAAGUGGGACAAAUCGAGGCGUCCGCACUGCUCCCCGGUCCAGUGUCCAGAGCCGCCCCUAGAGGAGAACCACCUGGUUCUACAUAGUCUAGACUCUGACUCCGGAACUGUGGAACUGUCCUGCGAGGACGGGUAUGUUCUCCACGGUGCCCGGACCCUCCACUGCACCCCCGCCCAGGAGUGGAAUGACACCUUCCCCGUCUGCAAGCAGGUGUUCUGCGGCCCGCCGCCCGAGGUGGCCUUCGGCGACCCAUCGUCAGCACCGUUGUCGGCCCCGUCCUAUUUCAGCUCGGUGGUGAGCUACUCCUGCAUGGACGGGUUUACUCUGAGGAAGGAGGGGUCUGUGACCUGCCAGGCAGAUGGACACUGGAGCAGCCCUGUCCCAGAGUGUAUACCAGUAGAGUGUCCCCAACCUGUAGAGAUAGCUAACGGUAUAGUGGACGUUCAGGGACUGAUGUAUCUCAGCACGGCCCUCUACAGCUGUAAACCUGGUUACACUUUAGUAGGCAACGCUACAGUACUCUGUGGUGAAAGUGGGUUAUGGAUUGGAGGCGUGCCUUCUUGUCGACCAAUCGAGUGCUCCGUCCCCAAAGAGAUACCCAACGGGAAGAUGGCGUAUACCAAACUGCAGUUCAGCCACGCUGUCACCUACUCCUGUCAGCGUGGUUACCGUCUCCAAGGCCCCGAGACGUUGAAGUGUCUGGCGAAUGGGCAGUGGGAUCAAGAAACACCUGUGUGUGUCCAGAUCUACUGCGCCCCGCCCAACCCCAUAGACAAUGGCUUCGUGGAGGGACUCGACCAUAAAUUCGGCGUCACCAUCUUCUACAGCUGUUUCCCCGGCUUCCAAUUGGUUGGCCAGAACCACCUAACCUGCGAGGAGUUCGGUUGGUCUAGUUCUGUCCCAGUCUGUGUUCCCUCCGACUGCGGCCUGCCCCCUCAUAUCGACUUCGGCGACUAUUUGAGACUCUUGGAUCCGAACGCAGAGCUAGCCGACAGGGACGCAGCUAUAACAUCCAAGCCUAUAGGUGGUGCUACAGUUGCAUUUUCACUCAUGGAUAUGCGCUUCCUGCAUGGGACUGUGAUAGUGUACCGUUGCCACAAGGGCUACGAACUUACAGCCCCUACGGCCUUGGUGUGCCUGGAGGAUGGUGGAUGGAAUGGGACGGCUCCGAUGUGUGUCCCUGCAGAGUGUGAGGAGCCGCCAAGCCCGGACCACGGCUCUGUGAACAUCACAGACACAACCCUGGGCAGCCUGGUGAAGUACAGCUGUGAGCAGGGCUACGAGUUAGAGGGGGAGUCAGUCAGACAGUGUGUGGCGGGCCGACAGUGGAGCGAUGUACCGCCUGUCUGCCGACCUAUAAGCUGCGAUGACCCGGGCAACAUUGAUAACGGCUCGAACCACGUGGAUUCCUUCCUGUAUCUGGGGGUGUUGCACUACGAGUGUAAUUCCGGGUUCAACCUGAUGGGCGGCGACACCAGGACCUGUCAGGCAGACGCUAGGUGGGAUGGUGAGAAGCCGUGGUGUGAGCCUAUCUUAUGUGGCUCUCCAGUCGUCCCUAGUGAUGUCACUGUGAAGGGGAAGGAAUAUACGUUUAGCAAACAGGUUGAGCUGAGCUGUAGGGCUGGAUUGCUCCUACAAGGCCCCUCUGUUAGUGUGUGUCAGGCCGAUGGUACAUGGAGUCAAGGGUCACCUGAAUGCCGCCCAGCAAACUGUGGCAGACCAACAUCCAUCAAAAAUGGUCAAGUCUUGGGCUCGGACUUUGGCUACGGUCAUGAGGUGUGGUACAAGUGCGAGGAGGGGUACAGCCUCAGCGGCGGCAACCCCACACGGUUGUGUCGCGGGGAUGGACUCUGGGGGGAAGGCCCUGCCCCUCGCUGUGACAUCAUUGCCUGUGACCCGCCGCAGGAUAUCAGCCACGGGUUCCUCAACGGCUCCAGCUUCAACUACGAUGAUGUCGUAGAGUACGUGUGUUUCGACGGGUACGAGGUCAUCGGAGACUCCGUCCUCCGCUGUUCUGCCCAGGGCCACUGGGUUGGGACGGUACCAGAGUGCCUCCCCUGCCUCUGCACCCCUCCAAUGUUAAAAUACGGGGUGGUGCUGGGGCGCGACCACGCCUGCGGUGACCGGGUCUCCUUCCACUGUGAUGAGGGCUACAAGAUCCUGGGGCCAUCAGCGGCAACGUGUGAGAAGGGCGGGUUGUGGACCCCAGGUGUUCCUGUGUGUGGCCGGGGGAGGUGCGUGGCCGCUCCGCCUACAAUACCGCACGCUGUCCAGCAGGGCGGCGGCGCCACUGCAGCUGACACAGUCACCUACAGGUGCAGACCAGGUUACCAGAUGAAGGGGUCCUACCCCCAUGUUACCUGUGGUAGGGAGGGCAGGUGGGGGGAGGUGAGGAUCAGCUGUGAGCCCGUCUCUUGUGGAGCUCCAACUCCUGUACCCCAUGCUCAGGUGGUGGGAGAGAUAUUAACUUUUGGGAGCCAGAUACAAUACAGGUGUGAUGAGGGGUAUGAGCUGUCCAGCCAGUCAGACUCUCUGAGCUGUCAGUCUGAGGGCACCUGGUCUAAACAAAGCAUCAGGUGCCGCCCCGCUCCGUGCCUGCUCCCUGCCAACUUCCCCACCCACGUCAUGGUCACAGGGGAGGACCUCACCCCGGUUGGGGGGAUAGUCACCUUCUCCUGCCCAACGGGGUUCAUCCUGCAGGGACCAGGCCUGGCAGAGUGCCAACUAGGUGGUAUCUGGUCUCCAGGCCUGUCCUCUGUCUCCUGUGGUCUGGUGGUUUGUGAGAAACCUCCUCUUCUUCCACAUGGCAUCACUGAGGGGGACAGUUACAGCUACGGAGACAUUGUCUUGUACACCUGCCUGCCUGGGUUUGAGAUGAAGGGAGACUCUGUACAGACCUGUCAAGGAGACAGAACAUGGAGUGGGGCUCAGCCUACGUGUGUCACUGUAUCAUGUGGCCAACCUCCCUCUGUGGAGAAUGCAGAGGUACAGACAUCAGACGAAGCGUACCAGGGCAACGUCAGCUAUGUGUGCAACUCUGGCUUACAUCUGGUUGGCCCACAGAACCUCACCUGUCUGGCCAAUGGAACAUGGAGCCUGCCUGCACCAACAUGUAAAGUUGGCCAGGGUUGUGACAUCCCCAAGGAGCUGUUGAAUGGCAGGGUGCAGGAAGAGAACCUGACCACCGGGCGUGCUGUUGCGUUUCAGUGUGAUAAAGGCUACGCCCUAAAGGGGGACACUCUGGUGGUGUGCAUGGGAGACGGGACAUGGAGCUCCACCUUCCCCUUGUGUCAACCCAAGCCGUGUCCCCCUCCCCCGGGAUGGAAGGUGAGCGGUGGGGGUGUGAACACCUCUAAACAGCUGUUCUACGUGGGCCAGUCGUUACCGUUCGCCUGUCCCAAGGGUCACCAGGCCAAGGGCACCGCCACCAUCACCUGUAGGACAGACCAGACAUGGACCCCAGUCAGCACUGUCUGUGAGAGGGUCUCCUGCGGCCCCCCUCUCCACGUGGCCCACGGGGUGGUGCGGGGGGCGGUGUUCCAGUUCGGGGACGUGGCGGUGUACUCGUGUUUCGGAGGGUACGCCAUGGAGGGCCACAGCAGAAGUGUGUGUCUGGAGAACGGGACCUGGACCCCUCCUCCCGCCUGCAGAGCGGUGUGUUGGUUACAGUGCCUGAACGAAGGGGUGUGUCAGAGACCCAACACCUGUUCCUGUCCUGAGGGGUGGAUGGGCAGACUGUGUGAGGAACCGAUCUGCAUCCUGCCGUGUCUGAACGGUGGGAGGUGUGUGGCGCCCUAUCAGUGUGAGUGUCCCACGGGCUGGAUGGGGACGCGCUGCCACAGCGCGGUGUGCUUGUCGCCCUGUCUGAAUGGUGGAAGGUGUAUCAGGCCUAACCGGUGUCAAUGCAGUCCAGGAUGGAGCGGGCACGACUGCUCGAGAAAAAGAAAAUCUGGAUAUUUCCAUUUUUAAGAAGUCCAUUCAGCGUGAAAGAUCUUGCUCUCGAAUGGGAGUUUUGUAUAAUUAUUUCAUAAUUGUAAACCAUGCAUUCUCUCCUCUCAAAAAACCCGAUACAUUUUGUAAAAUAAAGCUGUAUUUUUUCAUGUAGAAAAUCAACAGUAUUAACUAUAUGCUGCUAUAUACUUGUAUGUGUAAAAACUGUGAUUGUCCAAUGUGUAAACUAUUCUCACAUUUCUAUUAAAGCAGAAAAUACAGUAGAA